GUGCGUGCCGGAAGGACGGCCCUAGCCGGGGCCGCCGGGAGGAAGCGCUCGGGUCCCGGAGGGCGGGGGGUAGCGGCGCCGGGGGUCGCCAUGGCUACCGAGCCCGAAGCCGCGGAGCCGGAGGUACCAUCGCUUGUGGAUCGUUACUUCACUCGCUGGUACAAAGCGGAUGUCAAAGGAAAACCCUGUGAGGACCACUGUAUACUACAGCACUCUAAUCGAAUAUGUGUCAUCACAUUGGCAGGAUCUCAUCCAGUCCUUCAAAGUGGAAAAACAAUUAAAAGCAUUUCCUAUCAGAUCAGUAACAACUGUAGCAGACUUCAGAACAAGGUCUCUGGGAAAUUUAAGCGGGGGGCACAGUUUCUAACAGAACUUGCACCUCUGUGUAAGAUUUACUGCUCAGAUGGAGAAGAAUAUACCGUAUCUAGUUGUGUUAGAGGACGGCUGAUGGAAGUGAAUGAAAACAUUCUCCAUAAGCCAUCUAUUCUCCAAGAAAAGCCAUCUACAGAAGGCUACAUUGCAGUUGUGUUACCCAAAUUUGAAGAAAGUAAAAGCAUAACAGAAGGUUUACUGACACAAAAAGAAUAUGAAGAAGUAGUGGUAAAACGCAUUAAUGCCACAACAGCUACGGCAUGAGGAUUGAGAUGGAUUAAAAAGGAAAGCAGGAUUGGUAUCCUUACCUGGUCCAAACCAUCAGUGCACUAAAUGAGAACAUCCAGUGUGUGGCCUAUUACACCCAGCGGUGCAGAGGAGAGGACUAAUCCUCCUUCCCUUAACCUGGCUUUCCUUCUUUGUCUUGCUCAGUGAGCCUGGGUUCUCCUUUGUCCUCAGCCUCCCAGAUCUGCCCGACCUGUGCACUCACUUUUUCUCUUGCUUCUUCCUAACAACUGCCACACCAGGAAUGUUUUCCUGAUUAAAAGCAAACAAAGCUAUUUGAGGAAAACCUAUAAAAUACAGAAAAGUUUUAAGUAGCCAACUAGAAGUAAUUGACCCUUGAUGGUUUAAUUGCUGUGUCUAUAUUUAAAAAUCAAAAAUUAUUUCUUUUUCCUAAAAGAUGUCAUUUACUGU